AUGGAAGUGUUUAGCUUUAAGAGAAAGAUUAAGCAUUACAGCAGCGAUCAGAAGAUACUCUUAGUGGGAGAAGGAGACUUCUCUUUUGCUGUUUGCUUAGCCAGAGCUUUUGGAUUGGCUAUCAACAUGGUUGCGACUUCUCUCGACUCCAGAGAGUCUUUGAUGCUGAAGUAUUCAGAAGCUAUGAGCAAUGUGGAGGAAUUAGAGGCCAAGGGAUGCAUAAUAUUGCAUGAGGUGGAUGUCCACAGCAUGAGCCGACACCCUUUGUUGAUUAGCAUACGCUUUGAUCGCAUAAUCUAUAAUUUUCCUCACGCAGGUUACUUGCAUGGUCCCUUUUCUUCUGAACACAACAGGUUCCAAAUUUGGUUUCAUCAGGAUUUGAUCAGGGGAUUCCUCCAGAAUGCACGCGAAAUGCUGACUGCAAUAGGAGAAAUUCAUGUGACACACAAGACAAAAUUUCCUUACAGUGAAUGGAAAAUAGUGGAGUUAGCACAAAAGGUUGGGUUAUAUCUGGUUCAUGAAGAACAGUUCUCACCAUGGGAUUAUCCAGGUUAUGAAAAUAAGAGAGGAGCUGGGAUGUGUGAUCAAACGUUUCCUGUUGGAAUGUGUAGCACCUUCAAAUUUGCCAAGCUGUUGUGCCAUUCUACCACUUCUGGUUUCCACCUUGGCAUUACUACUUCAGGUCCAUGGUCUGGAUAUUCUGGAAUUAAUGGUCCUCGCAUGCAACGGGCCAAUACGCCAAAUGAGAAUGAGCUUAUGUUUCUGUUAAGCAAGUGA